AUGGCCAAGAUCACUCGAGUUCGAACUGGCUGCUGGACCUGCAAAGCCAGACGAAGAAAGUGCGACGAGGCUAAACCUCACUGCCAGAAUUGCACCAAAAGCAACAGAACCUGCGAGGGCUACGGAAUAAGACUCAGUUUCGAUGUCGACGACAGCAGAAACAACCUUGUUAAUGGCAUCACCAAGAACUCGAAGGGCGAAAUAGUCAAAUAUGGUUUCAGAGGCAGACCACGGCUCAGCGAGAGCCUCAAAGCAAGAAGCAAAAACACCCUCAUCAACAACAUCAAGCAUGACAAUCCCACCAUCCUCACUGACACCAUCCUCAACGACAAAAUCAUUGCCGACAACAUCAAAAACAACAUCGCCAACAGUAACCAAAUAGACACUGUCCUCAAAAAUCCUGACAACAAUACCGAUAAUAAUCAAGUUGAAAUUCAGUUCAAUUUUAAUCAAAAAUUCACCACUGAAGAUAACAACUUGAAUGGCUUCAAUACAAACGAUCCCAACAUUAUACUAAGCAACUCUCAUAACAACUAUGAUAGUGCUUCUAAUCAUAACAUUGCUGAUGAUAACAUUGCUGACAAUAGCAUUACUGACGAUAACAUCGCUAAUCACAACAUCACCAAUAACAAUAUCACCAAUGAUAAUGAAACUAUUUCUCUUCCGGCGUCAACCCCAAUGUCUCUCUCAAAUUCAAUAAUGACGAAUAAUAAUAACAAUAACAAUAACAAUAACAAUAAUAAUAAUAAUAAUAAUGAUAAUAAUGAUAAUGAUAAUAAUAAUAAUGAUAAUGAUAAUAAUGAUAAUGAUAAUGAUAAUAAUGAUAAUGAUAAUGAUAAUGAUACUCACGACAACAAUUUUCAAUCCAACUCAAUUCCCUUGAAAAAAUCAACCUCCUACUCAAACAACUCUCCUCACUCAAUCACCUCCAUCAACUCAAACAACUCUCUCUCUCCUCUGAUCUCCUUUAUCCAAGAUCCUGACACUCUUUUCAAUAACAUCUUCCAACAGUUUUACGCAAACUUAAACAACAAUAUCAACUUCAACAACAACCAAACCCAAAAUAUCCUUUAUGAUGGCCUAGAUUACCUAUUACACAACUCUUUACCAACAACUAAAUUCAAUUCAAAUUAUUCAAACUUUAAUCAAAAUAACAUUAACAACAACAAUAACAACAAUAAUAAUAAUAAUAAUUAUAACAAUAAUAACAAUAAUAACAAUAAUAACAUUUACUCAAACAAUCACUCAUUUAUAUCAAAUGAUAUAAAUCAUAACAACACUAUCCAUAAUAACCAUCCUAAUAUUCACCCUAAUAUUCAUAAAAAUUUUAAUAAUACUAAUAUUAAGCUGGAUCUUAAUAAUAAUAAUCAGCAUAACGACAAAUAUGACAACAACGAUGAUAACAAUGAUGAUGACGAAGACAUCUUAAACAAUAGCCAUAAACUACAUCUCAACCACAUCAUAAACAAUAACAUCUUUGUCAACGUUGAAAAAUCAACUACAACAAACUACGUAUCUUCCCACAACUCUCCCAACACCACUCAACUAAAUAAAGACAUUGAAAAUUUCAUCAACAACAACAUUAAUAACCUAUACUCAAAUACAACUCUAUCCUACUCCGAAGAAAACAUGAUGCUAAAACAUUUCUUCAAAAAACUACUACCUCUAUUGGAUGCUCAUCCAAACUCUCCCUGGCCUGAAUUAGCCCUAAAAUACUGCGACUUUGAAAUAGCAAAAUCUUGCUUCAUUUCUCUAAGUUGCAUGCAUCUUUACGAAACAAAAGGUGUUAAAGAAUUCUAUAAUAAAGGCCUAAGUCAUAUUAAAAACACCUUAAAUUACCUAGUCACCUAUAUAAAUAAAAGAAGCAGACACAGAGAAAUGAAUAAAAACAAUUUUAAAAACAAAAACACUUUCAACAACAACAACAACAACAACAACAAUGAAAUUCUUACCGCUCUUAAUAAUAAUAUCAACAACAUCAAUAGUAUUAUUAAUGAGAAUAAUGAUAACAUUGAAAUCACUAAUAACGACGAUGAUAUAAAUAUUACAAGAGUUGUUGGGAACCUAAAAGAUGAAACUAUUAGAAAACAACAGUCUGGUUUCUUUGUUAUUUUACUCUUGAUUUUAGUUCAUUUAUUAUUUGGCGUAAUCGAAAGUGGUAGGUCUUCAUUAACAAGAGUCUUUUUAAAAUUGUUUGCAAGCAUCGUCGAGGACUCAAUUUUUGAAUCGGCUUUAAAACAAAUUAAUCAAUCCCAAGCUAUUAUCUGUAUACUAUCAUGGUAUGAUGCUGUCACUGCUCUAAUUUCUCCUGAUUGUAGAUUGCCCUAUAGUAAUCCUGAAUGGUAUGGAACAAAAAACGAUAAAAUCAGCAUGGCAAGAGUUUUAGGCUGUCCAGGAGAAAUCUUUAAAAGUAUCUUUAAAUUAUGCUUUCUAAAAAGAGAUUUAAAAUAUAACUACAUCAAUAACGACCAGACAAAAAUGAAUAGAUACAACGAACUAAAAGCUGAUUUUUUAAAUUAUAGAGAAUAUGUCAACUAUAACCAAGAGGCUGACAUCGAAAAUGUUAACUCAAUUUUAACUGGCACAAAAUCCCAAAAAAAUAUAUCAUCGAGAAAAGUUUUAAGUCAACAUGAAAGUUACAUACUAAGACUAAAAGGCGCAAAAUGUUGGUCUAUGUGUUGUUUAGUUAUCUUGACUAAAAUUGUUAAACCUGAUGCUCAGUAUAAAGAUAAAAUCAAUGGCUAUAUCGAUGAAUUUAUUGAAGCUUAUCAAGGAAUGGAUUCUAGUUCUCCAAUAAUAACACAAAUGGUUUAUCCAAUUCUCUUGAUCGGCUGUGAGUCAACAACAGAGUAUCAAAGAAAAAAUUUACUAAAAUUUAUUGAUACAUUAUAUGAGACUGUGAAAUUGGGCAACUUAUUCACAUUGAAAAGUAUUGUUCAAGAAGUUUGGUCGACUGGUAAAACAUGUGAGGAAAUUCUUGGUGGUAAAGAUUGGUUGCAAAGUGGAAUAGAUUUUUUACCCAUAUAA